ACUACAAAUAAUAAUUAUUGGAAUGCUGAUAUACAAUUCUUGUUUUCUUCAGGUUCUUGAAAAGUGAUGCUGCAGUUGAAGCCUUUGAGUAUCUGAAGAACAUUCUUCAUAUAAAUCCUUUACUCCAGAGAGAAGUGAAUCUGAGUGAUCAUAAACUAGACGAGUCAAGAGUGAAUCAGAUCUGUGAUCUACUGAAGGACAAACACUGUCGCAUCAACACACUUAUACUGAGAGAUUGUGGUCUAACAGAAGAAAGUUGUUCAGCUUUAGCUUCAGUUUUAUCAUCAAACAUCAGUAUGAAAGAGCUCGACAUGAGCAACAAUCAUCUACAGGAUUCAGGAGUGAAGAAACUUCAGACGGAAUUAGCAAAUAUACACUGUCAGCUCCAGAAACUCAGGUUAAGAGCGUGUGGUUUGACAGAUGAAGGUCUUGUUGCUCUGACUUCAGCUCUGAAUUCAAACCCGUCACACUUGAGAAAACUGGAUCUGAGUGUAAAUCCACUAAGAGACUCAGGAGUUGAACAUCUCUGUGCUCUUCUGAGUAAUUCACAAUUCAGACUGAAAACACUCAAUCUGUCUGAAUGCAGUAUUACAAUGAAACAGCUUGAGAAGAUGAUUUCAGCUCUGUGUUCAAACCCGUCACAUCUGAGAGAACUGAACCUCAGUGGAAAUGAAAUAAAGGACACGGGAGUGAAGCUCUUGUGUCGACUACUUGAACAUUCACAAUGUAAACUGGAGGAACUGAGCCUAAACAAGUGUAAAAUUACAGAUGUAACUGCUUUAACUAAUACUUUGGCUCAGACACAAGCAUUAAGGUUCUUAAAGGAGCUUGAUCUGAGCUACAAUAAAAUAAAGAAUCAGGAGCAGCUUCAUGGAGUGCUAAAGGACUCAGGCUGUGAACUGAGGCUAGAGCAGCGGUUCUCAAUCUUUUUUUGGCCAGAGCUUUUCGAUCCAAUUUCAGGAAACGCAAUUUAUUUAGUCUUAGCAUUUUUUAUGUUUUUAACUGUAUGUAUUAUGAUUAAAGUUUUUAUGAAAUAAAAAUGUAUAAAAUGCAUGUCAAAUAACAGAUUUGAUUGGCCAGUUGGAAUAUUACCAUUCUUUCCAAUAAAUCAAAAACAUGUGAAGCAGAAUGUUCAUGUCAUAAUACUUAUUGUUUUAUUUUAUGUAUUUAUUUUUUAUAUUUAAAAAGUAAACAGUGGCACUAUAGAUUUGAAUUAAAAGUGUUGGUACAAACCCAAUACCCAGUAAAUGUGGGGAAGAUGUAAUAUGUUCCUCCAGCAGCAGGGUGGGAGCUGUGGUUAAUAUUUUGUUUGUGCCCUCUUUCCAUCUGUGGAGCAGUUGUUGGCAGGGUUACCAGGGUCACGGUUUUCUGCACAAUUGGGCUGUUUUGAAAAUGCAGCUGCGGGAAAAAUUAUGGUGCCGCGGGUUGCGGGUUUUUGGGCUAGUUUCAUAAUGUAUUGCGGUCGCCAAAAUGUUAAUUUAUAUUUGAAGGAUAAAUGUUAAUCGAUGAUUUUCUUAAUGUAAAAAGAAAACAUGCGCUGCUAUGUAAUGUUAUCUAGUGCUUUUUCAAAUAAAUGUUUUUAAAUGUU